AUGCUUGGCACUAAUGAGAGCGGCUUCCAGCGGCCACCACCCUCAUCACUGCCAAGCAGCAUCCCUGUCAGCACUGCCUCACUAAGCUUGGCCCCUGGUCACGGGGGCCUUCAUGGUCUUAUCAACUGCGCCACGCGGGCUCUGAAUACCGUCAGAAAAUAA